AUGCUGAGCAUCAAGUUACCCCGGCUGCUCAGCAUCAACCAAGUGCCUAAGGGGUACCAUUUUUUUCGCCCGCCCCGGAGCUCGGCAGCAGAUUGCCUCCUCAGCGUCUUCCAGAUGACGAAUGAGACACUCAACAUCUGGACGCACUUUGUGCCUGCCUGGUACUUCGUGUGGACCCUGGUGGGGCGGCUGCAGGGCCCGGGGGGCCGGGAGGACCCCAAUGCCUGGCCCCUCCUCGCCUACCUCCUGACCUGCUGCAUCUACCCGCUGGCCUCCAGCUGUGCCCACACCUUCAGCACCAUGUCCACCCGCGCCCGGCACGUCUGCUACUUCUUCGACUACGCUGCUCUCAGCGUGUACAGCCUGGGAUCCGCGCUGGCCUACUCGGCGUACAUCUUCCCAGCGGGGUGGGUCGACAGCACCUUCCACCACUGCUACGUGCCCAUCGCCGUGUUCAACACUGUCGUCAGCACCAGCCUGUCCUGCUACUCCAGGUUUCUGGAGGUGGAGCGGCCCAUGUUCAGCAAGGCUUCCCGCAUCCUGGCCUUCGCGUACCCGUACCUCUUUGACAGCAUCCCUCUCUUCUACAGGUUCUACCUGUGCAUGGCAGAGAGCUGCACAGAGGCUGCAAUCCCGGUCCAUUACAAGCACACUGCCUUUGCCUUCCUCACUUGCUUCAUCUUCGCCAGCCAUCUGCCAGAGCGACUCGCGCCAGGCCACUUCGAUUAUAUCGGGCACAGCCACCAAGUUUUCCACGUCUGUGGGAUCAUCGGCACCCACUUCCAGAUGGAAGCCAUCAUGAUGGACAUGGCCGAGCGGCACGACCGGCUCCUGCCCUCCUCGCUGCUUCCCUCCUCCCUGCAGACCCUCGGCUCCAUGGGCAUCUGCAUGGCCAUGAACCUGGCUGUCAUCGGGCUCUGCUCCGCGUCCCUGCGCUUCAUGCCAGAGCCUCUGCAGAGAGAAAAGCCACACAGGCAUUAG